AUGGUUGCUUCCAGUACCAUUGCGGCAUCAUCAGCAUUCUCUCCUGCUAAUUGUUCAAUAACAACAACAAAGAUUAGUGGAGGAUCAGACAAUGUGACUCCUCUUGGCAUGAAACCGAACAUGAGACCCUCUUUUAGAGGGUUGCGGGCUAAAGUGAAGGCCCAAGCACCUGAAAAGCACAUGAAUGACUAUAUUUAUCGGCAAAAUUUCGCAAUUAGAUCAUUUGAGAUUGGCCCUAAUCGGAUGGCAACGAUAGGAGCAAUGUUGAAUCAUUUACAGGCAACAAUUGCUAACCAUAUUAGGUAUGCGGGGCUACUGGGAGAUGGUUUUGGUUCGACGCCGGAGAUGAGCAAAAGAAAUCUUAUAUGGGUUCUUGCUAAAAUGCAGGUUCUCGUUGAUCGAUAUCCUUUUUGGGGUGAUGUCGUUCAAAUAGAUAAUUGGUUUGCUGGUGCAUCCGUAAAAAAUGGUAUUGCUAACCACUGGCUUCUUCGUGAUGCCAAUACCGUUGAAACUCUCGCUCAAGCUAACAGUGUGUGGAUCAUGAUGAAUAGAAAAACAAGAAAAGUGUCUAAAUUUCCAGAGGAAGUUAGAAACGAAACGGCACCCAUUACUAUGGAUUAUUGUAUCUCGGAUGACAUCAAACUUUCAAAGCUUCAUGCCAAUACAGCUGAUUACGUUCAAACUGGUUUAACUGCGCAUUGGAGCGACUUGGAUGUUAACCACCAUGUGAACUUUGCCAAAUAUAUUGGAUGGAUUCUCGAGAAUGUUCCUACACUGAUCUUGAAUGGUCACGAAGUUUGUGAUUUGGCUCUCGAGUUUAGGAGAGAAUGUGGAGAAGGCGAUGUGCUAAAGUCUUUGACAACAGUCUUUGAAAAUGGUGGUAAUGUUGAAUGUCAACACAUGCUUCAGCUAGAGAAUGGAAAUGAGGUUAUGAGGGGAAGAACCAAAUGGAGGCCAGGUUAUGAGGGGAAGAACCAAAUAGAGGCCACAUUUUUUUGGACAUCAUAUAAAUAUGUUGGUUGA